AUGGGAUUUGGAAGGUUUACAAGCAUGGAGUUACCGAUGUAUUGGAUUUGGGUUUGUAUUCUGUUCAGCGUGCCGCUUUUGGGAUGUUUGGAGCUACACCUUUCAGAGACUUUACAGCCCGGGACGCAUUUGGCAAACCUGUCGCUUGGCCCAGGGAGGACUUAUAAACUUGACAGGACUUUAUCCCCUAAAUUUAUUCACAGCUUAUUCCAAGUUGGAAGGCACGACGGAGUUAUCCGUCUGUCCCAGAGAGUUCAGUGUGCGCACACACUGAGGAACCCUGCGCCUGUUUAUUUCCGAACAGGUUCCUUGACAUCUGGAGAUGUUAUUCUGACACGUUUUAAUGUGUUCGUUCAUGGCCAGGACUGUUUUAUCAAAUACAAGAGAAAGAAGGCGUCAGGUAAGCCAGACGUUCACAUUAAACACCUUUCAAAGUUGGAGGCAACUUCCUGCUUAUCCGCAGGUAAAUUGCUUUUGAAUGUAACAGAACUUUUGCCUGCCUUUACGCGGAACAUCGCCUUUUCGGACUCUGUGUGUGUUGGAAAAGGCUUAGUUGCAGUGUUCAAGCAUGGUAAUUUGUUCCUGGUCAAUGAGUUAUGUCUUGAGCACAGAGGACAACCCGAGGUGAAUUUGCACUGCCCGUUGCACAGCUCUCCAGGCGAUCGGCUCUCUGUGCAGCUGAGUUUUACACUUGCAAAAGUGCCUGAACGACAUGGAUCACUAUUAGAAACCGUCCAGAGAAAGUCGGGCAAAUUGAUCCGAAGAGGGAAGCGACAAGUAAACACGUCUCCCCAGUUCCAGCUCCCCAACUAUCAGGUGUCCGUGCCUGAGAAUGAGCCUGCGGGCACGCGGGUUAUUACCCUGAAAGCCACUGACCAAGAUGAUGGAGAGGCUGGGAGGCUGGAAUAUGGCAUGGAAGCCUUGUUUGACAGCAGGUCCAACGACUUUUUUACUAUCGACUCUCAGACAGGGAGCAUAACAACUGUCCAGGCACUAGACAGAGAAGUAAAAGACACCCAUGUUUUUAAAGUCACUGUGACUGACAAUGGCACCCCUAAAAGAUCUGCCACUUCUUUCCUCACUGUCACUGUGAGUGACACUAAUGACCAUGGGCCGGUGUUUGAACAAACUGAAUACCGUGUUAACAUCCGGGAGAAUGUAGAAGUUGGCUUUGAAGUGAUGACAAUCCGAGCCACUGAUGGAGAUGCUCCCUCUAAUGCCAACAUGAUUUAUAAAAUUGUGAAUGGUGAAGGAGUUAACUCUGUGUUUGAAAUUGACCCCCGAAACGGUCUAGUCAGAAUCAAAGAGCGUCCCGACAGGGAGACCCGGGCACAGUACCAGCUGAUUGUUGAGGCCAACGACCAGGGCAAAGACCCAGGUCCCCGCAGUGCCACUGCCACUGUUAACAUCUCUGUGGAGGAUGAAAAUGACAACUACCCUCAGUUCAGUGAAAAAAGGUAUGUUGUACAAGUCCCAGAGAAUGUGGCAGUCAACACUAAAGUCAUCCAGGUGGAGGCCACAGACAAAGAUGAGGGGAACAACGCCAAAGUUCAUUACAGCAUCAUCAGUGGCAAUGUUAAAGGACAGUUUUACAUUCACUCCCCCACUGGUGUGAUUGAUGUCAUCAAUCCCCUUGACUAUGAGAUGAUACGGGAGUAUAAUUUGAGAAUUAAAGCUCAGGAUGGUGGCAGACCUCCACUGAUUAAUGGCACAGGUAUGGUGGUGGUGCAAGUGGUUGAUGUGAACGACAAUGCCCCCAUGUUUGUCAGCACACCUUUCCAGGCUACUGUGUUGGAAAAUGUGGCCAUUGGUUACUCUGUGAUCCAUAUUCAAGCAAUUGAUGGUGAUUCUGGAGAAAACGCACGUUUGGACUACCGCUUAACUGACACCACCCCUGGUUUUCCGUUCACCAUCAACAACAGCACAGGCUGGAUUACAGUAAGUGAAGAGCUUGACAGAGAAACCACUGAGUUCUACACUUUUGGUGUGGAGGCAAGGGAUCAUGGGAUACCUGUGAUGUCAUCUUCAGCCAGCGUCAGUAUCACAGUGCUUGAUGUGAAUGACAAUGUGCCCACAUUUACGGAGAAAGUUUACUCACUGAAGAUCAAUGAAGAUGCAGUGGUGGGAACCAGUGUGCUGACAGUGACAGCCGUGGAUAGGGACGUGAACAGUGUGGUGACAUAUCAGAUCUCCAGUGGCAACACCAGGAACCGCUUUGCCAUCACUAGCCAGAGUGGUGGUGGGCUCAUCACUUUAGCCCUCCCCUUAGACUAUAAGCAAGAACGCCAGUAUGUCUUGACAGUUACUGCCAGUGAUGGAACACGCUACGACACCGCUCAGGUGUUCAUCAAUGUGACAGACGCCAACACACAUAGGCCGGUCUUCCAAAGUGCCAACUACCAGGUGAUGCUCAGUGAAGAACGACCUGUGGGCUCAACUGUAGUCAUGAUCAGUGCAACAGAUGAGGACACAGGGGAAAAUGCUCGCAUAACAUAUGUCAUGGAAGACAAUGUUCCUCAGUUUAAAAUCGACCCAGAUACAGGUGCCAUCACAACACAAAUGGAGAUUGACUAUGAAGACCAGGCCUCCUUUACAUUAGCCAUCAUUGCCAGAGACAACGGCAUCCCUCAGAAAUCUGAUACCACCUAUGUAGAGAUUAUCAUCCUUGAUGCUAAUGAUAAUGCUCCUCAGUUCCUCAGGGAUAUGUAUCAGGGGACUGUAUUUGAAGAUGCACCUGUCUACACCAGCGUUCUCCAAAUCUCUGCCUCAGACAGAGAUUCUGGCUCAAAUGGCAGGUUGAGUUAUACAUUUCAAGGUGGUGAUGAUGGGGAGGGAGAUUUCUUCAUAGAGCCUUACUCUGGUAUCAUAAGAACUGCUCGCAAACUGGACCGGGAGAAUGUUCCUGUAUACAACCUGAAGGCCUUUGCUGUGGAUAGGGGGGUUCCUCCUCUAAAAGCAGCUGUUCCCAUUCAUAUUGUAGUUCAAGACAUAAAUGACAAUGCUCCAGUGUUUGAGAAAGAUGAGCUUUUCAUUAAUGUGGAGGAGAACAGCCCAGUGGGGUCCGUUGUGGCCCGAAUCACUGCCACAGACCCUGAUGAGGGUACUAAUGCUCAGAUUAUGUACCAAAUCGUAGAAGGGAAUAUUCCAGAAGUUUUUCAGCUAGAUAUUUUCAAUGGCGACCUCACUGCACUCACAGACCUGGAUUAUGAGACCAAAACAGAGUAUGUCAUAGUGGUCCAGGCCACCUCAGCACCACUAGUGAGCCGAGCCACUGUCCACAUCCGCCUGGUAGACAUGAACGACAAUCAGCCGGUGCUGCAGGACUUUGAGAUAAUUUUCAAUAACUAUGUCACCAACAAGUCCAACAGUUUUCCAUCAGGAAUAAUUGGGAAGGUACCAGCUUAUGACCCAGACGUGUCGGAUAAGCUACGGUACAAGUUUGAAUCUGGAAAUGAGCUCAGACUGCUGCUGUUAAACGAGGACACAGGGGAUCUGAGGUUGAGCAGGGACCUGGACAAUGACAGGCCCUUGGAAGCACCAAUGACAAUUUCCGUCUCAGAUGGUGUCCAUCGCGUUGUGGCCAUGUGUACACUGCGUGUCACCAUCAUCACCGAUGACAUGCUGACCAACAGCAUCACAGUGCGUCUGGAGAACAUGUCCCAGGAACGCUUCCUCUCUCCCCUUCUCAGCCUCUUCUUGGAGGGCGUUGCCGCUGUGCUCUCCACCAAACGGGAAGCGGUGUUCGUGUUCAACAUCCAAAACGACACGGAUGUGCAAGGCUCCAUCCUAAAUGUGACAUUUUCAGCAAUGCAGCCUGGUGGCAGCCAGGGCAAAGGAACGUUCUUUCCUUCUGAGGAGCUGCAGGAGCAGAUCUACCUCAACAGGACUCUGCUCAGGCUGAUAUCCUCUCAGGAGGUUUUGCCAUUUGACGACAACAUCUGUCUGCGAGAGCCCUGUGAGAACUACAUGAAGUGUGUGUCAGUGCUGAAGUUCGACAGCUCCCCUCCCUUCAUCGCCUCUGAGACGGUUCUGUUUCGGCCCAUCCACCCCAUCAACGGGCUGCGCUGCCGAUGUCCGGUCGGCUUUACAGGAGACUACUGCGAGACAGAGAUCGACCUCUGUUACUCAGGACCAUGCAAGAACAACGGGAGGUGUCGCAGUCGAGAGGGAGGGUACACCUGUGAAUGCCUGGAAGACUUCACCGGCGAUCACUGCGAGGUGAAUGCAUCAUCUGGCCGAUGUGUACCAGGCGUGUGUAAGAAUGGCGGCGAGUGUGUCAACCGGCUCGCAGGCGGUUUCAUGUGCCAGUGUCCACCAGGGGAGUACGAGAAGCCAUACUGUGAGAUGACCACCCGCAGCUUCCCAGGACAGUCCUUCAUCACCUUCAGAGGCCUGCGGCAAAGGUUCCACUUCACUGUCUCCUUCAUGUUUGCUACCAGAGAAAGGAACGCCCUGCUUCUCUACAACGGCAGGUUCAACGAGAAGCAUGACUUCAUCGCUCUGGAGAUCAUCGAUGAGCAAAUUCAACUCACUUUUUCGGGAGGUGAGACGAAGACCACUGUAUCUCCCUUCCUCCCAGGUGGAGUCAGUGACGGCCAGUGGCACUCUGUCCAGCUCCAUUACUACAACAAGCCUAACAUCGGGCGUCUCGGCACCCCCCAUGGACCCUCUGGUGAAAAGGUGGCCGUGGUUGCCGUGGACGAUUGUGACAUCUCCAUGGCGAUCCGUUUUGGGAAGCAGAUCGGCAACUACUCCUGCGCCGCUCAGGGCACCCAGACUGGACAGAAGAAGUCACUGGACUUGACAGGACCACUUCUGCUUGGCGGUGUUCCCAACCUGCCCGAGGACUUCCCUGUCAGGAACAGAGACUUUGUGGGUUGCAUGAGAAACCUAAGCAUCGACAGCAGACCCAUCGACAUGGCCAGCUACAUCGCCAACAACGGCACCACAGCAGGUUGUCCAGCGAAGAAAAACUUUUGCAGCGGCGAGGUGUGUCAGAAUGGAGGAGUGUGUGUCAGCAAAUGGAACACCUACAGCUGCGACUGCCCGACUGGUUACGGUGGCAAGAACUGCGAACAAGUAAUGCCAUCUCCUCAGUUCUUUGAUGGCCAGGCGCUGGUCUCAUGGAGCGAGACGGAUGUCACCGUCGCUAUUCCCUGGUACAUGGGCCUCAUGUUCCGCACACGGCAGCCUACUGGCACCCUGAUGCAGGCCAAUGCUGGUCCCUCAUCCACCAUCAACCUCAUGGUGACUGAGCAACAGGUCCGUAUGGAGGUGCUGCUCAGAAAGCAGCUGGUGGCAUCGCUGGGCUUCCCCCAAGUUCGGGUCAAUGACGGGGAGUGGCACCACCUGCUGGUAGAACUGAGAAGCGUUAAAGAUGGCAAGGACAUCAAAUACAUGGCUGCUGUAUCACUGGACUACGACAUGUACAAGAAGUCAGUGGAGAUUGGCCACGACCUCCCAGGUUUAAAGCUGCAAACUUUUCAUGUAGGAGGUUUGCCUGGCAAAGGCAACCAUGUCAACAAAGGAUUUGUCGGGUGCAUACAGGGUGUGCGUAUGGGCGAGACAUCCACCAACGUGGCCAAUGUGAACAUGGCUCAGGGCCUGAAGAUCCGCGUGGAGGAGGGCUGCGACCUGGCUGACCCCUGCGACUCCAACAUCUGCCCUGAAAACAGCCACUGCAGCGACGACUGGAGCACUCACACUUGUGUCUGUGACCCAGGUUACUUUGGUAAGGAGUGUGUGGACGCUUGUCAGCUCAACCCUUGUGAACAUGUUUCCACCUGCGUUCGCAAACCAAGUUCCUCCCAUGGCUACACCUGUGAAUGUGGACAGAACUAUUACGGCCAGUACUGUGAAAACAAAGUGGAGAAGCCGUGUCCUCAGGGUUGGUGGGGCAGUCCCAUGUGUGGACCCUGCAACUGUGACACUGCCAGAGGAUUUCAUAAAGACUGCAACAAGACCACUGGGGAGUGUCGCUGCAAGGAAAACCAUUACCGUCCAGAAGGAGAGGACACUUGCUACCCCUGUGAGUGCUUCUCUACCGGCUCUGAGUCUCGAACUUGCGACCCCAUCACCGGGCAGUGCCCCUGCAAGGGGGGAGUCAUCGGCCGUCAAUGUAACCGCUGUGAUAACCCCUUCGCUGAAGUCACCCCCAGUGGAUGUGAAGUGGUGUAUGAGGGCUGCCCCAAGGCGUUUGACGCAGGCAUUUGGUGGCCCAAGACCAAAUUUGGACGCCCCGCUGCCAUGAACUGCCCAAAAGGAUCCAUCGGCACUGCCAUCCGUCACUGUAGUGAUGAGAAAGGCUGGUUGUCGCCUGAGCUCUUUAACUGCACCACCGUCACCUUCUCCCAUCUGAAGAAACUGAAUGAGGACCUGCGCCGCAACGGUUCAAGGAUGGACAAUGAGCGAUCCAAGACCAUCGUGCGUAUGCUUCACAGCGCCACCAACAACACCCAGCAUUACUACGGCAACGACGUGAAGACGGCUGCCCAGCUGCUGAAUCACGUGCUGCAGUACGAGAGCAGGCAGGCGGGAUUCGACCUCACAGCUACGAGGGAUGCAGAGUUUAAUGAGAACUUGGUACGAGCGGGGAGUGCCAUUCUGAAUCCUGAUACCAAGGAGCACUGGGAGCAGAUCCAGAGGACAGAGGGUGGCACCGCACACCUGCUCCACAACUUCGAGGACUACGCUAACACACUGGCACAGAACGUCAGGAAAACAUACCUGAAACCCUUCACCGUCAUCACGGAUAACAUGAUUUUAACCGUGGACUAUCUGGACGUGUCAGACCCGGAGAGAGCGACACUUCCUCGGUUCCAGGACAUCCAGGAGGAGUAUCCCAAAGAGCUCGGUUCCUCCGUCCACUUCCCCCAGUUCAACCUCCGCAAUCAGGGCCAUAGAGAUAAGAACACAGAGCCCACUCCUGCUCCUGCUGCUCAGACCGAUCCCCCCUUGGAGGAAGAGCACACAGUGUCCGACAGGAGACGCCGCCACCUCGAGCCAACCGUCCCUCUGCCAGUCGCCGUGGUGAUAGUGUACAAAUCUCUGGGGAAGCUGCUCCCAGAAAGAUACGAUCCUGACCGCAGAAGUCUGAGGGUCCCCAACCGUCCAGUGAUCAACACUGCCAUAGUGAGCGCCACGGUACACAGCGAGGGUCCUCCUCUCCCUCCCAUCCUCGACCCCCCCAUCACCGUGGAGUACACCCUGCUGGAGACAGAGGAGAGGACCAAGCCUGUCUGCGUCUUCUGGAAUCACUCCAUUGCGAUCGGAGGGACAGGCGGCUGGUCCGCUAAAGGCUGCGAAGUGCUCAACAGGAACAACAGCCACAUUAGCUGUCAGUGUAACCACAUGACCAGCUUCGCCGUGCUCAUGGAUAUCUCCAAGAGAGAGCACGGUGAUGUUCUGCCCCUCAAGAUCGUCACCUACACCACGGUAUCAGCCUCUUUGUUCCUCCUCCUCCUCACCUUCAUCCUGUUGUGCCUCUUGCGCCGGCUCCGCUCCAACCUCCACGCCAUCCACAGGAACCUGGUAGCGGCGCUGUUCUUCUCUGAGCUCGUCUUCCUCCUCGGCAUCAAUCAGACAGACAACCCGUUUGUAUGCACGGUGAUUGCCAUCCUCCUCCACUACUUCUACAUGUGCACUUUCGCCUGGAUGUUCGUGGAAGGGCUGCACAUCUACCGCAUGCUGACCGAGCUGCGCAACAUCAACCAUGGCCACAUGAGGUUCUACUACGCCAUAGGCUGGGGCAUACCGGCUAUUAUUACAGGCUUGGCAGUUGGCCUGGAUCCUCAGGGUUAUGGGAACCCUGAUUUCUGUUGGCUGUCUGUCCACGACACACUCAUCUGGAGCUUCGCAGGACCCAUCUUUGUUGUCGUCCUGGUGAACAUAGUGAUCUUUAUUUUGGCGGCGAAGGCUUCCUGUGGUCGCAGGCAGAAGGCUGUUGAGAAGUCCGGUGCUAUUCCCGCACUACGAAUGGCCUUCCUCCUCCUGUUACUCAUCAGCGCCACCUGGCUGCUCGGUCUUAUGGCGGUCAACAGCAACGUAAUGACCUUCCACUACCUGUUCGCUAUCUUCAGCUGUUUGCAGGGCGUCUUCAUCUUCUUCUUCCACGUGGUCUUCAACAAAGAGGUGCGGAAAAACCUCAAGAACGUCUUCACAGGAAAGAAGAGUGUACCAGAUGAGUCCAGCACCACAAGGGCCUCUUUGCUCACACGCUCCCUUAACUGUAACAACACGUACACAGAAGACGGCCCUCUGUACCGCUCAGGCAUCGGCGAGUCCACCGUCUCCCUGGAUAGCACGCUCAGGUCAGCCAAGAGCCGCAGCAGCUAUCUGGCUUACACACUCAGAGAGGAGUUGGGUCAAAAGCCUAGUGUAUCUUCAGGAACCGCUAAAGGACAUACUGAUCUCGAUGGGCCCCUGUUCCAUAGAAACGGCACCAAGGGAGAUGACUCUGACUCAGAUAGUGAGCUGUCAGUGGAUGAACACAGCUCCUCCUAUGCCUCCUCCCACUCUUCUGACAGCGAGGAUGAUGAUAUCGAUGUCAAGCCAAAAUGGAAUAACGAGAGGCAGCCCAUUCACAGCACACCUAAAGUGGAUUCAGUGUCCAAUCACGUGAAGCCUUACUGGCCAACAGAGGCCACCACAGCCAGUGACAGUGAGGAUCCUGGUGGAGCAGAGAGGCUGAGGGUGGAGACCAAGGUUAAUGUGGAGCUGCACCCAGAGAAUAAGCUCAACCAUAUUGGUGAAAGAGACAGAGAGGCACCUCUGGAGACAACCAGUAACACUAAAGACGGGACACCUUCCAGUCAACCCAACAGCAACAGCAACAGCAACCACCAACCAGAGCAGAGAAAAGGUAUCCUGAAGAACAAAAUCAGCUACCCGCCCCCGCUAACCGACAAGAACAUGAAGAACCGUCUGAGGGAGAAGCUGAGCGACUACAAUCCCCCCACCAUCACCUCCCCUCCACCCAACAACAACAACACCACCACCUCCCCGCCUCCCUCCUCCGUCAACAUCAUGACCCCUUCUUCCCGGACGCCCUCGCUGACCUCCAAUGAUGGAGGUCGUCCCGGGAACCACGACAGCAGCUCCAUCAUCAAACCACCCAUCGCCCCGCGGCCCCAGAUUCCUGCUGGGCAACCACCAGCAGGAAUCUACCGGGAGACCAAUGGGGGAAUGGCAAUGCACUUGAAGUCAGGCACGGUCAACGGUGGCAACGAAUCUGACUCAGAGAAAACUCAAACCAGCCUGCCCUUGUGAGAGGAGGAGCGAAGAACCUGCUGGGGGAGGAAAAGAGAGAAGGAGAGCCAAGAAGAGAGGAAUAAAAUUUAAGAAAAGUGAAGAUGGAGUGGGGGGUGCUAAAGAUUAGGUGACCGGGAGAAAAGAAUGUUCUCCACACCUGAUCUGUCCAUCCCUCCGUCUUGUUCCCUCUCUCUGGAGAGCAGUAUUAAUUGCAGACUUUUAGGAUUGCCUGAGAAAAGAAAAUAAGCAAAGAAAAAAGAAAAGAUGUGAGAAAUGAUAAAGGGAAAGCUGUGUUGGACUGUAGCAAGAGAGGAUGAAAUGGAGCCAUGUGUGCCAAAACCACUAAAUGACAUGGAGGACAUGUCCUUUAUGCAUUUCAAGCUCCCAAAAUGAUGUUCCUCUAUGAGAGUGUCAUUAUGUGACUGCCCCUAUCAAGGGCUAAGUAAAUCUGGACUAAUGCUUUCGGACAGUUUCUUUCUCAUGGUGGAAGGCAGAUAUAUAAUCACUGUGCAUGAACCCAUACAUACUGGUACAGUCUCUUUUGUAGUCCCAAAGGAUUUCAAGGACUACAAAUCCCUCAAAGCAUUGACAAGUCUGCGGAAGGCAAAAUCCACAAACCUGUUCUCACUGACUUUGGGACACGUCGAUACUGGACGGCGCUAUCACACACCAAGUGCUCUUUACUAUUUUUCUUUUUUUUUUUCUGUAACUCAGAGAAAGGCUCUCACAACCUCUCAAUGCAAUGUAUUUAGAGUGUAAUUAAUGUGUAGAUAUUGUUAAAGGUGAAGAAGAAAUGAUCUAUUUUGUAUUUCAGCUCUAGCAAGGACAAGUUUCGAAACUAAAAAUCAUUCGCCCGUGUUAAGCUGGGAGCGCUUUACUAUUGUGAAAAUCACUCUACAUGCUGGUUUAAUCGACUGAGAACAAUUCUGAGAACUAACGUGUGCCUUCAUCCUGGAUUGAGGCCUGACAAACACACACAGACACACACACACACACACACACACAUACUGACACUGCUAUUUUGUCCCGAGCGCAUGCACACAGUGGGCCGAAAUGAACAUGAAUUAUGUGGAAGGGAGAGGAAUUCCCCUUCUGAUGAACUCAACUCAGUCUGUUAGAGCACUAUGAACCUGAAGCCUUCUUUUCCAGUGUCAAUCCUGCCUGUUUGUCCAGUGCAACACACUCCUGCUUACCAAAGUCAUGAAAUAAAUGUGCAGAAUAGGGUUGGAAUCAAUUCACUUUUAACUUAGUUUUAGUUCAAAGUAGUUUGAAAAAAAACCCUCUUCGGUAGCAUGAAUGCAUUCUUUUCAAAUAUUCACUGAUGGAUUUUGUAUUUUUAGAAAUUUUUUAUCCAAACUUUGUAUAGAUUAACACAAGUUUUUCUUCAUUGUUAAUUUUCUGAAUCAUCUGAGUUCAAAGUGAAAAUGAUGCCAACUCUAAUGCAUUUUGCAGCUACUAUAAGGCAACUUAAAGUCACGUUUACCAGUCACCGAAUGCCGUUGUACCAUACAUACUCUACACCCCCAGUGUUUUUGCCUUCAUGUA